AUGGUCGGCUAUGAGGCACUCGUGGUCGAGUAUGAUGCGAAUUUCCAGUGGAACUGGACCACGUUGGUCUGCUGCAUCGCGAAUGCUGUGUUCGUGGCCGCACAGCUCCCACCCUAUGCAAGUAUCUGGGGCCUCUGCUUGCCUAUGCGGCCGAACAUACACUCGCAAUCGCCCCGACAACGAUCAUACAGCUCACUCAAAGUCUGUCUGGUGACAAAAGGCACCAACUUCCAGACUGUGAUCAACUCUACUCGGCCGUGGCGCAACCUGCGGAAAUUCCAGAAGCUGCAGUUCUAUGUUGUCGUCGACAACGUGAACGACGCAAUCUUCCGCAAGACUCUCUCUUCAUUCGUCAAUGUGGUGUCCAUACCAAGUUCCUUCGUCACCAAGCGGGCCAAAUACAAGGCCCGCGCCCUAGAGUACUUUAGACGCGAGCAGAAUUUUUCCAAAGGCGACUGGGUCUUGCAUCUUGACGAAGAGUCGCUGAUCGAUGAGUAUGUCAUCCAAGAGUGCCUGAACUUCAUUGAAAGAGGAAACGGCGAUAUCGGAAUGAGUUCGAUUUUCUACAAUAGCACUAACCACUGGAGGAACAACCUUCUUUCUGCGGCGGAGGUCCUUCGCGUGGCAGAGGACUUUGGCCGUUUUCAACUCCCUGUUCGGCUCUUUCAACGGCCGCUGCUGGGAUGGAUGCACGGAUCCGGGAUCCUUAUCAACGGCGUUGUAGAAAACCAAGUGACAUGGGAGACCGCAUGCGUGGCAGAAGAUUUCUGGUUUGCCUACAAGGCAGUCGAUCUGGGGUACAAGUUUGGUUGGCUCUAUACCAUCUGCCGUGAACAACCUCCGCAGACCAUGAACGACUUCUUUCGGCAGCGUCGGAGAUGGUACACCGGCAUUCUAUCCAUCGAAAGCGUCGUUGUGCGGACAGCAUUGGUGUUGUCCGUCGGCGGCGCAUUGGGCUUUUUUCUGGUUCCCGUAUUUUGCAUGCUGGGCGGCGCUGGUGGAAUUCCUCGCUGGUUAUAUCUCUGGCUGCUGUGGAACACAGCCGUGGAUGUUCACGUGGUGACGGUAGCCUCAGUAAUUCAGGACCUGCUCGCGCCAGAGGUAUCAUGGGCACAGAUGGCUGAGCAUGCCACAAAGUCAGUGCUCCUCACGCCCCUUAUUCAUCUGUUGCAUGCCGGGGCCUUAGUAUCUUGCCUUUUUACGCCAGCAAAGGGCUUUGAUGUUAUUAGUAAGAGCUAG